AUGAGUAGCAGCGAGAGAAGCUCCUUUCUGGAAAAGGACAAGGGGAACGACACCCAAAGUGCAGAUGGGGAGGAGAAACUCGUGGAGGAAGAUGUGGAAUCAAGACAAGGUAAAAGUGAGUCUGGUGAUGAGCGCAACAAAACUGGUGUAAAGGGGAAAUGGCUUAAGGAGAAUAAGGGGAGGAUAAAAGAGGACACCUCUGAGAAAUCCUAUAGGAGCUCCAUCAGUCUGCUCUCCGUUAGCGACUUCGGAAAGACGAGCAAUAGGAAACGGAAGAGGGAAAAGAAAACUGAAAAAGAGAGUAGCAGUCACAGAAUGAGGAGGCACAAGGACAGGGGGGAGAAGCGAAGACGCCGUACCGACCAUAGCCACUAUAGAAGUGCGAGCGACAUUAGCAGGAACAGUCACGAUAGAAGUGGAGAAAGUCUCUAUAGUCAUCAUAGUCGAGAGAGAAAAGAACGAAAAAGGAAAAAGGAGAUCAAAAAGAAGGGAAAGCACAGGUUCAGGAGUGGAGAAGCCGGAGGACGAGAAGGAAGAUAUAGCAAGCUAAGCAGUUUUAGCCUCUCCACCGGCUACACCGAUGCUGAUAUGGACCUGGAGAGCAUAAGCGACCUGAAUUACAAGUCUCACCAUGAAAAGAAAAAAAAGAAAAUCCCCAAAAAAGUGAGUAGUGAUUACCUUUCCAGUAAGAACCACCAUCAUAGAUACGAUGAAGAGAAGGGAAGCAAAAGAAAAAGGGAAGACGAAAGGAAGGGCUCAAGAAAUUAUGUGAUGAAGAAAAAAAACGGAUCGAUGAGGGAACGAAGUAGAGAACCAUCCUACUCAAUCAGUCUAACCUCAGAAGAAGAAUCAAAGAAGAGAAAAAAAAAAAAAAAAAAAAAGUUGGUAGAUGAUCGGAGUGGAAAAAGAAGCAGAAGAAGAAGUAGUGAAGAACAAACGCGUAAAUACAACUCAAAGGUGGAACCCCGACGCGAUAAGUUCAAUUACGAAAAGUAUCAUUAUUGGAGAGGCAACUCAGGGGAGUCUCAAUCAGAGGAGCAUCAUAACUAUCACCAUGAUGAUAGUAGGAGCCCACUUGGAAGAAGACAUUCACACAAAGGCACCACAAAGAGGCAUACAAAUACUCUAGGGGGGGAUGAAAGAAGGGGAAGUGAACAAAGACGCAUGGACAAAAAAAAAAAUAAGCUAAUAAAAGAAAAUAAAGCUUAUAAGGUUAAUCGAAGUGGGAAAAGAAUUGAUGCAUAUGAGUAUGAAUCCGCUACAGACACCUCUUCCCAUGAGGUGCAAUCUAGAUCCAAUCAUGCCCCCACGCGUAAAAAAAGGAGGCCCUACUUGAGUGAUGCUGAAUCCGCAGAUUUGGCCGUUUCAAUUAGAAGUGACGAGAGAUAUCUAGCCAAAGGAAGGAUGCCACAUUAUGGUACCUUAAUGGUACGAAGAAAAGGAGAGCGGGCUGAAGGUAGGAGAGGGAAGGAUGGUAUUCAUCACAACCAUGAUGAAGACGAUGAAAAGUUUUUACACUCCAGAAUGAAGAGAGGAGACCCCUUCAGGGACGGGAGACCAAGAAUGAUAAAGGAGGAGGAAGAAGAGGAAAUGCCUAGGUUUAGGGACCGAGAAUGGCAACCCUAUGGAGAAACACAUCAUCGGGAAUUUGAAAAAAGGAAAAUAUAUAUAGAAAGGGAGGAUCGAAUGGAGAGACCGACAUAUGGAUGGAUGAUGCACAGUCAGAUUGUUCGACCGCAUGGACAACACAACUAUGAUAAGAUGGAGUAUAAAGAAGAUGUGACUGUUUUAACUAAAAACAGAAGGCAUGAGCAUUACCCAGAGCAUGGAAACAAUAGGUUGAGUGAAGUUAGAAUCCCGAAUGGGAUGAUCAAUCGGGAGAAGACAUGUCCAUUUCUUUUGCGCUUGUUCUAUAAACUAGACGAAGAAUAUAAUAACGUCGAAGACGUUAGACUUUCCAAAGAAAGCGGAGUACAGAGCAACGAGCUGCAGAUAUAUGGAUGGUUGGAUAUCACGAUGCGUGAAAUUGUAACGUUAGUAAAAGAUUUUUAUCAGGAGAGCCGCAAGAGGGAUGCCCACUGGGUAUUCAAGGUAUAUUCCAACGAGAAAAAGGAACUAACUUUUUUGUCUCGUGUCCACAGUACCAAGUACAACUACCGCGAGGACAACAAGACGUUGCUAUCGUUGAACUAUGAGAUCGGAGACAUUCUGCUCCUCUCCAUCAUGUUCGGGGGGAAACCCACAUAG